UCCAUAGAUGUUUGACGUUUAAAAUAACAUUUGCACUGUCUUGACUGUCAAAUCGCUGUCAACUUAUCGUGGUCUCUAAGUGCUUCGUCGUGUUAUUUUUAGGAAGUUUUAUCUGAAAUUUGAUUUUGGUCCCAACGUAAAAAUCACCCUGUAUACUUAGCCUAAAGCCCAACGAUAAAUAAAAACAGUUAAAACAACAACAAACAUUCUAACCAAUGCAAAACAACUCAUGACAUUUUCAGUUUGGCUGCUAGACUAACUGAAAAUAGCCAUCAUCUAAAAUAGUCACCAAAAUACAUCUAACUCGUGACUGCUAUACUGCUAUAACAUUUUCAUAUAACCUUGCUAACUUUAAAAUAACCUAAAUAAAGACAACUUUAAAACUGACAGCGACCUAUUUAAUUUUCCAGAGUAAAAUCGUCGAAAUAAAACGACUAACUUUAAAUGUCGAAUGCGUCACGCGUUUAGUUCUAAAGUUUGCGCUUUUAAUUUAUCCGAAUAACGUGCUCUAAGUUUGUCCGAGCGCUGCUGUCAGUCGGAAAAUCGCGGGCGUGCGCGGCGCAUGCGUUACUUUUUUAUUUUUUUUCUAAAUUAGAAGCGUUUUUCUUGUGAUUUGGAGUGCAGUGCGUUUUGUGAAAAGUGGAAAUAUUUUUAACUUAGGCGUUUUUAUGUGUUAUAUUACAGUGUGAUAAGUGAAAAUCAUGUUAUACUGAAUCGGAUUGUGCUUAGUUUUUUUUGUGAAAAAUGAUCAACCAACACCUGGUGAGCAACAUGGCGUAUUACGGCAAGUCGCCGUUUUUCCCCGGCGUGGAGGAAGCGGCGCUGGCGAGCGGCGGGGCCGCGGGCUCGCCCUCCGUGCCCUCCGACCAGGCGCAGGACGUCGUGUCGCGGCUUAGCGCUGCCGGUCUUUCGAUGUGCGUGUCGGCGCUGGGCUCGCCGGCGCGCUCGUCACCGGUGUCGGCGGGCUCCGAGCACGGCGAGCGCUUCAGCCGCAAGGUGUUCGUGGGCGGCCUGCCGCCCGAUAUCGACGAGGAUGAGAUCACCUCCUCUUUCCGGCGGUUCGGACCGCUGGUGGUGGACUGGCCGCACAAGGCAGAGAGUAAGAGCUACUUCCCACCAAAGGGCUACGCGUUUCUACUGUUCCAGGACGAAAGCUCGGUCGCAGCGCUGAUGGAGGCUUGCAUCACAGAUGACGACAAGCUGUACCUCUGCGUGUCAUCGCCCACCAUCCGAGACAAGCCGGUUCAGAUUCGCCCGUGGCGGCUCGCCGACGCAGACUUCGUUCUGGACGCCUCCAUGCCGCUGGAUCCUAGGAAGACAGUCUUCGUUGGAGGCGUCCCUCGCCCGCUUAAAGCCGCUGAACUGGCGAUGAUUAUGGACCGGCUGUACGGCGGCGUCUGCUACGCUGGCAUUGACACCGACCCCGAACUUAAAUAUCCCAAGGGUGCGGGCCGCGUGGCGUUCUCCAACCAGCAGUCAUACAUCGCGGCCAUCUCCGCGCGCUUCGUGCAGCUGCAGCACGGCGACAUCGACAAGCGGGUCGAGGUGAAGCCGUACGUGCUGGACGACCAGAUGUGCGACGAGUGCGCCGGCGCGCGCUGCGGCUCCAAGUUCGCGCCGUUCUUCUGCGCCAACGUCACCUGCCUCCAGUACUACUGCGAGCACUGCUGGGCGACCAUCCACUCGCGGCCGGGGCGCGAGUUCCACAAGCCGCUCGUGAAGGAGGGCGCCGACCGCCCGCGCGCCGUGCCCUUCCGCUGGUGUUAGUGCUGUCUCCCUCCCUCCCCGCCCGUCCCGCUCCCCCCUCCCACACCCGCCCCCGCCACGCCCCGCGGCAGACCGAGGCCACUAGUCACGAGGUUACCACUAGUGAUCAUUAAGGACUACUCCUUAUGUAGCCAUUAAUGUUGUUUACUGAAUUGUGAAGAUUCUGAUGGUUAGUUAAACUUGAGAUGGGGUAAGCAGGGUAACCACUAGUGCUACCGUGACGUUACUGAGAUUGUCACGAUCUAAGGUGAUUGAAUGACGAUAAGAUUGCAUAAUCACUGGUGUUUUGCCGAAUAAACUAACUUUGUAAAGGUAAAUCCCAUAACCACCAUCGUUGAGCAAUAAUCUUUGACACGAAUUUUUUGUAAAGUAAUAAGAAGCUAGCAAACCAUUCAAUAUCACAAAUGUCGUUGUCCUAUUGUCACAAAAAAAAUCUGAAUCUGCAACCACUUCAAUUAUAUUCUACUCUACAGUACCUUUUAUUAUUGUUGAAACACGUUUAACUUGUUUCUUAGAAUUGACGAUAUUGGUGACACUGACAUCGGUGGUGACUCUAACCAUGGUGGUUACGCUAACAUUGGUGGUUACGCUGGCACUAGUGGUUACACUGAUUGUGGCGGUUACGUUGACACUAGCGGUUACGUUGACACUAAUGGUCACGCUCUGAUGACGCUACGUGCUAUCCGCACUCCACUCCCCACUUGACACUCGAAAUGUGACCAUAAAUAUGGCUGUUUACGACAUCUCGAAUAGGCCGAUGGCCGACUAAGACGUAUUUCAGCUAAGCCUAACCCAAACCAAAUCGGAGGUAAAGGAUGGAAAACGCUUCAUCCGAAUGAUUUCUGUAUAAACUUAUCUCUUUUUGUCGAAAUUCUUUUAAUUAGUAAAAUUUUAAGGACAUUAUUCGGAGAAGACGUUAUUGAAAUACCUCAUAGGUAUUAGAUGGCACUGGAUACGACAAUGUAACUAAACUAAAAAGCAACUUUAUCCAACGUUUAAUAUUAAGCAAAUAGGAUCAAGUAAGAAAACACGUGCUAAAUUUUCUUUAGCGGCCGCCAUUUGCAUUCAGUGUGGCCGUUGAGAAAAUAGACAAACGAUUUUCGAUUUAAGCAAAGAUGUGUAUCCAUAAAGUUAGAUAGUUGUCCGUUUGUCGUUUGUGGGUAAGCUCUACUUGGCGCGAUCCAUCGCGCCUUAUCCUAAGAUUAAUGUAAGACAUAAGUGGAAUGUCAGAUUUCUCAAGAUAAUUGUACCUGUGUAGCUAGAAACAAUUUCUUAAGAGUUUCCUCGUUUAGAUUUUUGACUUGGAUAUUGUUGCUAUUUUUUCACUUCGGCGUCCCGUUCUUACGGUUGGACAAUUUCACUAAACUAAAUCAGUUUAGUAGUCGACGAUUGUAGAGGGCGUAGACUCAUGACAGCGCCACAGACUAUAGCAGCCAGUGUUGCCAACAUUUGAUUGUUCGGGUAAUUUUGAUCGACGAUCAAUGUCUCUUUCUCUCUUUAAAGCCAGUAGAAAAGAGAUGGAGAAUCAGUCUCUACCGGCUGCUAAAAGUUUGUGAGUUGUCUUUGGGCUUUUGUUAGUCUGUUCGUUUCACUGGGAGGCGGUAGGGACUGGUUUUUAGUACAAACGAAAAUAAAAUACGUUACCAAUUUUGGCUGUAGUCUUGCUCGACGCGAGUAUAUCUCUUUUCUUAUAUUUUAGCGUUAAAAAGUAUGAUAAUAAAAAUAUUUUUUGGAUUCGCCGGGAUAGUGCAAUAGACCGUAGUUUAGUAUACUAUAAAAAUAUAUUAACCAAUUAUUAAACUAGUGUAAAUAUGCGGUGGUUCACGUUUUUACCCUUUGCUUGUCACUCGCGUUUGUUUGAGGUUAUAUUGGGGUUGAAUUUGAUGAGUUAUGGAAUCGGAGGGCUCAGUGUGUACUUAACGAGGCGACGGAUACUGACGGCGACGGCUGACAUCGUAUCCCGACGACCACGGACGCAUAUAGACUGUAGAAAAAGACUUGCGCGAAUUUUUUGAACAAUUUUUUUCGUUUGGAAGCGGUUUUUUCGUGUCGUGUUUUUUCUAAAUUUUAAAAGGUGAGGCUAUGAAGUGCCUUGGUGUGUGUGCCCGCCGGUGUGUUCAACUCCCAUACGGGCGUUCGUUGGGUUCGUCUGGUCUUAAGCGUUUAAUGCACUUUAAAUUAUUGUUUGACACGCGUCUGGGUUUCUCUAACACUACCAUUUAUGGCGCAUAGUAGAAUUAUUCUACCAUUUUUGACAGCUGUCAACUGUCAAGCGCGACGGCAGUGCCCGGGAUCACCGCCAUCCCAUUACUUUAUUAUAUAGUUAAUAAUCAAUUCUCUAAAGUUAAGUAGGUACAAUUCAUAUUGUUAGUAGAUGCAUUUUAGUAAAAUUAUUUGCCAUAAUACAAGACGCAUUGUGGGACUUUUUAUAUUCAUAUUUUAUUAUCGCGAGCCGCUCUGUGGCCCCUGUAAAAUUUAGGACAAAAUAUUUGAAAUAUGAAAUAAUAUAUAUUUUCUUAGUCUUUAGAAAACUUAGCUAUACAUAUUUAAUAUAUAUAUAUAUUUCGCGAUAUAAAAAGUCGUAUGAAGCGGAUGCACACUACGUGUGUUAGUAGGAAAUAAAUAAUUACAAUACCGAAUGGCGAGUCGUAGAGUUCCUCGCGGGACGGAUUCCCCAUACGUUUUUCACUCCGCACCUAAGUUACUUCAUUCUGAAUCCUUCACCAGACAAAUUUCGACUGCAUUUUCAAACGUCACUAUUUACUUUUCAUUUUUAUUAGUAGGAAAUUCGAUUUUUUAUCCGUUUUUUUGUAUAAUUUCACUCGUGAUGUGUGCAUUUCCCGAUAUUGGUGGUUCUUUUGUAUGAAAUUGCUCAAUGUUUUUUGUAAUUGUUUGGAAGUGCCCUCCCCUCCUAGCGGUGGGACGCGUGACUGUGACUUGAUGCUGGAUGCUUGAUACGUGUCGUGUGGUAGCACUGUCCCAUUUUUGUAUUUUUAUAUUUUUAUAAAAAACGAAAUUGUGAAUUCGGACGUGGUCUUUUAAUUUACGCGCAACGUUAGAUUUCAACACGCUGGACGGGAACCAUUUUUGUAUAACUUGAUGCGUUCCGACCCCGCGCUGACGCCGGAGCCGACCUUAGUCGGCGGCGUAUUUAAUUAUAAAAAAUAUAUAAUUGGUGUUAGAUUAAUACAACCGAGGUGAGUUUGGGAUAUGUGGUCUGUUGCGAGCGGCUGUGUCUGCUAGUGCGGUUGGUCUUCUACACGGAGGAUUUGUAUCGUUUCUGGUUCUAGGGAGGUUAACAUUUCUCCUAUUUUUUGCCUCGUAUCUUCUUUAUAAUUUAAUCUUCGGACUAAAAGAAAUAGUGUGGAGUUAGAGUUUCUCAUUCGAUCAAUCGCAUGCUAGUUUAGCAAUCGUUCUGUCGAUGCUCACUUCAUGCUCAUUCAUUUAGUAGUCGAGUUUCCUUUAUCUAUCUAGUUUAUCUUGUUAAGAAUUUUCGAUCGAUUGUCGAUCCUUCGAUUUCGCCUCGCAGUAUUUAGUUUAGAUCUAUUUAAUUUCUAUGAAAAGGUCUGAUUUUGAGGGAUUUGUAGCGCUUUUCACGUGCGAAAUAGUUUUUUAGUUGAUUUGGAGUGCCCUUUAGUUUUUAACUGCGAGGUGACGUUUUUAGUUCGUUAGUUUGUAGGUUGUUUGUUUGCUUGGUUCCUCGUUUAUUGCCGCUACGGCUUGUUCUCGUUAUUUAUACGUUGUCUGUUUUUCUAUUAAUAUAACUAGCUGACGGGUGUUCAUUGACGUUUUUGAUUUGGGAGCCGCGGCGACGUACCGCAGAUUGCUAAGAAGUUAGUGCUACUGAUUUCAGAGAUGUUAGUUCAGUGCAACAUAAUUUAGUGCUUAGUUCGGUACAUAUGGAAGUUGAUAGUGAAAUGAGCACUAAUUUUGUUGGAUAACUUCGAACUUCUAAAGUUCGGGUGCAGCGGCUUACGUCGUUAUGGUCACGGCUCGGUCCAGACGUUAGAAUAAUCGCAGAAACGCAAAUACGAUUGUUGACGGUGACCCUAAAGUCGGGACCAGCCUCCGACCGAUGUUCACAUUUACGACGUCACAUUUGUACUUUUUUAAAAUAUCGUAGCUAUCUUUAAAAUGUAAAGAGUUGUUGUUGUUUCGAAGUCGGUGUUUCGUGCCCUCGUCGUUUAUCUCUGAGUGAGUUUCUUCGCACUAUUUUUCACUGCAUGUAUAUAGUGAAUCAGUACGUUGGAUUCUUAAGGAAAAAAAUAAAAAAGCGCAAAAAAAGAAUUUUUUAUCGACGCCUCAGGAACGGGGUGGGCGCGCCGCGCACCACAGACCUCGUGCUGGAGGUUUUAGCGAAAUUAUUAAUUAAAAUAAUAGCGAAAAGUAGCGCAAUUCAUGAAAUACCUACCUAGUUGAAGUAUAUCGUAUACGGUGCGGUAGUAUCCACGCCGUAAGCUAGACAAUAUUAAGUUUGUAUGGAAUUUCUUGCACCGUCGAGUGUUGGUUUCAACCACUUUGAAUUUCGGUAUAGCAAGCUGGUAUGCACAGAUGGUGCGAUGAAAUUAUUUUUUUAACAAAUUUUGAAAUUGGACGGCCCUCUAAUGCUAAUAUGUGCUAUUUAAUGUUGAUUGUAUUAAAUUAAAACGUGGAUAGAACUAAGUUCAAAGUCAUUGACACGUCUUUAGAGAUCUGUCAUCAGUUCACGUGCGUGACAAAAAACCAAAUCACUCCCGCAGUGUUUAAUUUCGUAUCGUCAACAUAUUGACUUGGAAACGCAACCGGCCCUAUUACCGAUCUGAAUCAUUAAAUUAUUUCUAUAAGUAUCUUCGACAAAUAUAAAUCCUAGUUAAACUAAACAGUAGGUUUGAAAUUACACAACUAUCAAGUUUCGAAUCUGAUUGGUAAUAUCCGUAUUGCAGUUUUCAAAAUUAAAGUUCAAAGAAGGGCCGUCCCCCACUGUAUUAAAUUAAUUUGAAAUAAGAUUUAUAUAUACUGAUAUUUUUAUAGACGGUUGUUACAUAGAAUCAAUUUUGUUGAAAAUUGAAGUCUCGUUUCGAUUAGAUUGAUUUGCUAUUAAUAUUGUCCAUCUUCGUUUGGUUCAACGGUUGUAGUGAAUAGACACACUUAGUGAGAAAUAUUUAAGGUUAUUUUUAAGAUUUCCUUCUAGUAAUAAGUAUUGGUCGUUAUUUGCUAACUUACUGGCAUUAGGUGCGUUGCUGUUGUAAAAUUAUCACAAAAUUUGGCCUUCGCGUCCGUCAAUGGUUUAACCCUUUCCAAACUUUGUCAUAAACACAAACAUCACUCAAACGCCAAGCUCCCGGGCGCAAGCGAGCUAAUGUAAACCUUACUUUAAAGUAUGAAGGUUAAUUUGACAGCGUCCGCCAUGACACCUAUAGUUGUCCUUGGCGCUGUGGGCACGACUAGUAACGACGCCUUUAGGGAUUCUUGGCGUUCAAAGGCUUAAUAUCUAUUUUCUCUUUAGUUUCUGAUGACCCCUCUUAAUAAUAGAUACACCUAUCUUCAUGGUUGCUGAAUGUCAUUAGUAAUAUCUCCCAUUAACACUUAAACCAUUUGGUAACAGUUUUCCGCAGAAAUGGUCAAUUUUCUGCUGCUGUUUUUUAACAGCGUUUAGGACGUGUUUCGUUUGGUAAUUAGGUAAUAUUGGUUUUCGCAGGCCAGUGAUAGGAUCCUUCUAAAUGCAACAUAUUCCUUUUGCCAAUGUUUGACGUUGAACCAAACGGACGUGGGCAGGUUUUGACUCGUUUACACUGUACAGUUAAAUUGUUCAGGUCUACUGUGACGACGAUCUUCACGCUUCUGUUCUAGAGUAUUGUGAAAACUAUUAAAAUGAAUUUGAAACUUUUUCACUCGUUUUGUCUUGUAGUUUUGGGUAAAUUCUAGCAGUUUUAUUGAAACAUGGGAAAUAAAUACGCAAUAGGGAAUAUUACGCGAAACUCUCCGCAGGGGGCGCCACUACCACAAUCCAUCACAAUCGCGUAACAAGAAAAUCGAAAUUUCGUUAUCUAAACUCUAUCACUCUUGCAUAUUCAAGCAAUAAAGAGGCAGAUAACUACAUUUCGAUGUUUGGGUUUCCCGGUAGGCCCUUUGUAAACAAACCGCCUUGAUGCAUCAAUGUCAUAUUUUAUUAUCUGUGAAAACUUGUCAAAAAAAGGCACAGGAUGCAUAAGUUAGUUUAUGAUAGGUCCUAGUGCUGCACUCUGGCGGCAGAACAUUGCAGUAAUACUCCCUAUUCACAAUCAUCAACAAUGAAAUCAUGUUCUUGGUAGUUUUGAUAAAGUGUUUGAAUUUACCAUUUUGCCAUUUUUGUCAUGGGUUUAUCAUUAGGUCACUUUUUAUUUGUAAGAGACCUUAUGACCAUCCCUUUACAAGAUUUUUGUUAUUUUGCUCGUUCCCAAAAUAUGCUACAUUCCCGAAGUACAGUCGCCAUCAGAUAUAUCAGAGCGGCCAAAAUGCUCACAUCUAAAUACGCCUCUAUUGUCAAGGCUGUAUGUUCUUGAGCUCUUUGACCGCUCCGAUAUAUCUGAUGGUCCUGUACCUGCCAUUUUUUUAUUCCCAUUAAUAUGUGUACCUUCCUACAGUUGCCGUCAGAUGUAUCAGAGCGGCCGAGGUGCUCUAAAAUAUCUGAACACGUUUUCUAACGUCUUGACAAUAGAAACGUGUACAGAUAUUUCUGAGCGCCUCGGCCGCUCCGAUAUAUGUGAUGUUGCACAAGCAUACCUAAGUUCCGGCAUUUUGGGAACGUAGCGGUAAAUGCAAGGAACCGUGUUUUUUUUUGUGUGCUUUGACAAUUCCUUAUUUUUGUAAGUACAUUUUUUAAGCCACUCCAUCUUACUGACCAAAGACAAGAAGCGUCCCAAAGAUGCUACCAAAAAGACAGGGUUGCCAGCGCAGCGCCCGCCAUUUUCCUAUUUUUACUUAAUUCCUGGAGAAGGCUUAACACACUUUUUGUAUUCUUUUUUUAUAUAUCACCCGCUUGUUUGGAUGUAUUUUAGGAUUCCUAUUUAUUUUUUACCUUUUUGUAUAACUUUUUUUAAAUUUUAUCGAUUGUUUUGAAUAGUUAGUAGUUUAGUCGUUUGUAUUUUAGUUUUUUUUGUAUUUGUAUAUUAGUGUUAGCUGGUUCAGUAUUGUUUUUGAAUUUGUAUAAGUAUACACACACUAGAUAUAUUUAAGCUUCGCCAAUAUAACGUUGAGAGUGCACAUUGGCUAUAAGACGUUACAUUAUAAGUAUUAUUUAUGUAUAAUAUGUAAUAUUCUCAAAUGAAAUAGAUACCGAAUCGCGGAAUAGAUCCAAAUUUCUAAAUCAGAGCUUUACCAAUGAUAAAAUAUUUGAUUCACACGAAUUUUUGUAUUAUAUUUAUUUACCUAGGUGUAACUAUGUAGUCUUGGAUUUACCUGUGUUUUAUUAUUUUAUGGUUAAGAAUGAUUUAUUUUUGUUGUUUGAAUAGUAUUACUUAGAAUUAUGAAGUAGCUUGUCGGCCGGGUGGGUAGUUGGAAUACUUGCUGUGAGUCUGGCUACUGGCAUUGGGUCUGUUAUUUAAUGUACUCUAGUCUAAUAAAAAUACUGAUGUUAUAUGCGCCCCCUUUUCGCAAAGUUUGGCUUAUAGAGUGUAGAAUUAAAAGGAGUGAAAUCUCUUAUGGUAGAACUGUUGCAAAAGUGUUCAGCUGUCAGCUAUAAAUAAUAGUUCAAAAUCUCUCCAAAGUAGCGCUAGAGUACCUAAGAACCGUUAGAAUAGGCGUUAUUGACGGAGUGAAGUGCGCUGUCUAUGAUUUGAUUUUUUUUCAAGUAUUCUAGGUAUUGUAGCGCCACCUAUUUAAGGUUUUUUGAUGACACUUUUCGGUACAUGGAGAUUCCAUUCCUUACCUCCACCUUCCAUGAUUUGGCUACAUGUACAGUCAGCGUCAAAUACUUUGUAGCAACCAAAGUAGCCAAAUAGUUCGGUACACCAUAUAUUUAGUAUUGUGUACCGAACUAUUUGGCCACUUUGACUGCUACAAAGUAUUUGACGCUGACUGUACAGACAACAGUAACAACAAGAGAAAAUAUCUAUUAUAAAGUAAUUUAGGUAUAGUCGCGGACUUAAAUUGUUGAGCCAUUUGGGGUUCAAGCUUAUGUGUCGAAGUCUAGUCAAAGGUCCCACUUUGUCGCUUACCAUAAGGACGAGAUUUGCUUGUAACUUCUAUCUGGCAAGCGACAAAGCGGGACUUUUUUCUUGGAAAAGACACAUUUGGUUAUCAGGGCGGCUACCGGGAAAAUCGAAAUUCGUCAAUUGCGGUCAUUUUUCUCUGUCACUCUAAUGACGUCUUUCUAAGAGUAAAAGAGAAAGAUCCCCGCAAUUUGCGAAUUUCGGUUUUCGCGGUAGGCCCCCAGUACCAAAGAGGAUUAUGAAGACCAAGAGUGCUCACUCCAUACAACGGUUUUGUUACCAACAAUACUAUUAUUUUCGUAGUCUACAUUUAGCGUCAAGUAGCGGAACUCUCACUACUGCUACUUGACAAUAGAUGUCGAGGCAAAGUCUAAUGCUUAACUAUUUUCCGCUAAUAUUAUAACUAGAGUAAUUGGAACUCGAUUUAUAACUCCUACGCUUACUCUGGUUAUAAUAUUAGCUGAAAAUCUUUGAGCAUUAGACUUUUUGUUUGCCGCGACAUCUAUGGUCGAGUAGCAGUACUGAGAGUUCCACUACUUGACGCUAGAUGUAGACUACGAAAAUAAUAGUAUAUAUUUUUGGUAACAAAACCGUUGUAUGGAGUGAGAACUCUUGGUCUUCUUAAUUCUCUUUGUCAAUACUAACAGUAUGCAAUGUCCAAUGUAAAUUAAAUCCUAAAAGGCUUAGCAAUUAAAGUUCGUAACUGUACUUAUCUCUACUCUUACUUCGUGUGCCUCAAUCUACACUUCUACAGCUCUUUAAGGUUAUCCCAACGCCAUUAUAGACGAAAACUUCAUUCACACGCUAACAUCAUUGGCGCAAACGAUUCAAUAUAAACCUAAUUAAAACCGUGAAGAUUAAAUUGACAGCCGUACGCUAUAAGUUAUAACUUUAUAAGUGUUUGUAGGCAGUUUUCAGAAUAACUAUAGGUUUUCUGGGCAUCCAAAGAGUUGUACCUAUUUUUUACAUAGCUUGUGUACGGUGACAGUUGUUAUAUUUCUACACAAAUCGUAUUGAUUUGACAACUGUUACCGUACUUAAGUUUCGUAAAAAAUAUGUGAAGAAAUGGGGUCGUAUACGGAAGCCUUACGCCAUUAAAAACAGGCCGAAGCCUAUUCUAGACUCUGACAAAUAUUCACUUAAUUCUAAACUGUAUAAUGUAGCGUUGUUGCCAUGCCGGCAAGUUGUAGUAUUGUUUAAAACUGAAAAACUUGAAUUUUUAUAUGAAUUUUAUUAUUAUAAUAUGGUAUUUUACUAAAUAUUAGUCCAAUAUUAAAUCUUUA